AAAACCUCUCGCGACGUAACUCCACAGUAAUAUCACAGAGCAGUAAUCACGUGGAUAACAGCUUUCCCGCUCGUAAUGCCAUCGAUGGCGAUGAAAGCACUCUCUCCAUGACAGCUCCUCAUCACCAACAGGAGGCGUGGCUCCAGGUUGACCUUGGGUUCAUCGCCCGUAUACAGAGAGUAGAGGCGUUACAUCGAUAUGACGUCACGUUUUAUCGUACACACGGGUUUUAUGUCUUUGUAUCCAACGCCUCCGACUUCCGGCAAGGGACUCCUUGUCUGUUCGACACAGUACAUGCUAAUCCUGUCACUUUGUCAUGUUCCCUGAGAGGACGGUAUGUGACGUUUUAUACCAAUGUAUCGUCUAUAGCAGCCACCUACGAGGCGUUUGCGGAACUGGUAGAGUUCCAAGUCUUCGGUUGCGAGGAAAACAGAUUUGGUCAGAAUUCUUGUCAGGAAAAGUGUCAUUGUGCAUCUGGCUGUAAUCCUGACGACGGUGUUUGUGACGUGCCCGGAUGUACAGCCGGUUACAAAGGACCGAAAUGCAAUCAAGGGUGUGACAAUAAUUCUUUCGGUCCGGACUGUAAUCACACGUGCCACUGUUCAACCCCCGGAUGUGAACUCGUCAUUGGACUGUGUAACAAGCCCGGAUGUGAAGUUGGCUACUUUGGUCCUGCAUGUGAUUUUACUUGUAAAACAACAAACUUUGGUGAGAACUGCAAACAAGAAUGCCGUUGCGAGACUCCGGGAUGUCACCACGUGACUGGAAUCUGCAACAUACCCGGAUGUGAAAAGGGUUAUUCGGGACAAACUUGCAGCAAUGUUGUCGAUGUGAACGAUGUAUUCAGGGAACUAUCGGGAAGUAACCAACAAGGGGUUACAUAUGUGUUUGUCCUCAUCGUCUUAGGAAUGUGCACCGCCUUUGUCUCCAUUGUCAUCCUGAUCGUAGCUGUCUGUGUGAGGAAGAAAAAGAGGAAACGUGUUCCUCGUGAUGGGCACAGCAUUGCUGCAGCGACCUACCCCAACAGAUACAAUACGUGA